AUGCAGGACGAAUACUCCCAUAACGCCUCGAGCCGGACUGUCUCAGUCGCUGACGGGACUGGCCCGUUGGGCCCCGUCGAUUUACCCCUCCGUGAAUUGAAUGAGAAUGCAAACCUCGAAGAAUACACCAGAGAAACGGCUUCUGGGAAGAUUCCCAAACGUGUUCCAACCAACGAUGGGGGGAUGGAAGAUUACAAACUUGUGACCUUCAAGGAGGACGACCCAGACAACCCGAAGAACUGGUCCAAAUUGUUCAAGUGGUACAUCACAAUGGUCGUUGCUUUUACGUGCUUUGUCGUCGCUUUAGCCAGCAGUGUUGUCACGGCCGAUUUUCCAGGCGUGAUGGAGUCGUUCAAUGUCUCUCGUGAGGUUGCACUUCUUACCGUCACUGUGUUUGUCAUUGGAUUUGGUGUUGGUCCUAUGGUAUUUGCUCCGAUGUCAGAAAUGGUGGGACGCCGACUGGUCUACGGGGUCACGUUAUUUGUUGCAGUUAUCUUCGUCAUCCCUUGCGCGGUGGCCCAGAACAUCGGCACUCUUAUCGUCUGCAGAGCGAUUGAUGGCAUUGCCUUUAGUGCUCCAAUGACCUUGGUUGGUGGCACACUUGCCGACCUCUGGAGAAACGAGGAAAGAGGUGUGCCCAUGGCCGCUUUCUCAGCAGCCCCAUUCCUUGGCCCCGCAAUUGGCCCGCUUGUCGGUGGUUUUCUGGGUGAUGCUAGCGGCUGGAGAUGGCUUUACUGGCUGCAGUUGAUCCUGGCUGGUGUGGCUUGGUUCUUAAUCACCUUCACCGUUCCCGAAACUUACGCACCCAUAAUUCUCAAACGUCGAGCAAAGAAGCUGCGGAAAGCCGAGAACGACCCGAAGUACGUCACUGAAGGAGAGCUCAAUGCCCUGCCUAUGAAGGAAAAGCUGCAGAUUGUUCUUCUCCGACCCUUCCAGCUUCUGUUCCUGGAACCCAUCGUCUUGUUCAUCGCCAUCUACAUGUCUGUUCUGUAUGGUUUGCUGUACAUGUUCUUCGUUGCCUAUCCUAUCGUUUACCAAGAAGGUAAAGGAUGGAGUGCCGGAUCCACUGGUUUGAUGUUCAUUCCACUUGCCAUCGGAGUCGUCAUGAGCGCCAUGUGUGCUCCCUUUGUCAACAAGCAUUAUCUCCACGUCUCUGCACAGUACAACGGAAAGCCCCCUGCCGAAAAGCGAUUGAUUCCCAUGAUGCUUUCGUGCUGGCUCAUCCCAAUCGGACUCUUCAUCUUUGCCUGGACCUCUUAUCCCAACAUUCAUUGGUUUGGACCUGCCAUUGGAGGCUGGCCAGUCGGUUUCGGUUUCAUCUUCUUGUACAACUCGGCAAAUAACUACCUUGUCGACACCUAUCAGCACCAAGCAGCAUCUGCCCUUGCCGCAAAGACCUUCCUCCGGUCCAUGUGGGGUGCUAGUGUUGUUCUGUUCACUGAGCAGAUGUACGGGCGCAUGGGUUACCAAUGGGCCAGUUCAUUUCUUGCCUUCCUCGCGUUGGCUUGCUGUGCCAUCCCCUAUGUUUUCUACUUUAAGGGAGAGGCGAUCCGUCGGUACUCCAGAUACGCCUUUGCCGACGAUGAGGAGCAGCAGGGCCCUGAAAAGCACUAA